GCGGAGCGCCUCUGGAGCUGUGAGGUGCGGGCAGGAGGGAGACAGAGCAGCUGAGCCAGGCGCGGACUGGAGCAGCAGACGCGGGCUGACAGAGAGGGUAACCUGCCGAAGACGCCGCUGUGUGGUGUGUCUGAGCGGCGGUUCCCGGGGCGUGCUUCUCCGAUUAUCCCGUCCAUCCUCGCUCCCUCCGAGUCUGUAAAGAGGACGAGCACUUACUCAGGGAAGCAGGGAAGCACUUUGGUCUCCCUACCAGUGCCAGGCUGAGUCACUGUCGAGGAGUGGGAAGAUCUAGAGAGAAAGAGAGAGAGAGAGAGAGCAUCACGAAGAGAAAAGCAACGGAAGGAGGGGAAAACCACUACACAACGCCUUUGAGAGCGAAGCGAGAGAGAGAAGGACGUAAAGAGAGAGCGGUGAGGGAGGGAGAGAGAGAGACGCUGAGGCUGGGAGAACUGACCCCCCUCCCCUCUCCUCCUUCCCCCCUCCUCACUCCUCCAGGAGCUGCUGUGCUGGAGCAGCGGGUACAGAGUGACUGAGGCAACAUGAGCGAUGUCACCGUCGUCAAGGAAGGCUGGGUCCAGAAGAGAGGUGAAUAUAUUAAGAAUUGGAGACCUCGCUACUUCCUGCUCAAAACAGAUGGGUCCUUUAUCGGAUACAAGGAGAAGCCACAGGAUGCAGAUCUUCCCUAUCCUCUCAAUAACUUCUCUGUUGCAAAAUGCCAGCUGAUGAAAACUGAACGACCAAAGCCGAACACUUUUAUUAUUAGAUGCCUACAGUGGACUACAGUUAUAGAGAGGACCUUCCAUGUGGACACACCAGAAGAGAGGGAUGAGUGGGCAGAGGCGAUCCAGAUGGUGGCAGAUAAACUCCAAAGACAGGAAGAGGAGCGAAUCCAGUGUAGUCCCACCUCACAGAUAGACAACAUGGGAGAGGAGGAGAUGGACACGUCUAUCAGCCACCACAAACGCAAGACAAUGAAUGACUUUGACUACUUAAAAUUAUUGGGAAAAGGCACCUUUGGAAAAGUCAUUCUCGUAAGGGAGAAGGCCAGCGGGAAAUAUUAUGCAAUGAAAAUUUUAAAGAAAGAAGUUAUUAUAGCAAAGGACGAAGUGGCCCACACGCUCACAGAAAGCAGAGUACUGAAAAACACCAGACAUCCUUUUUUAACCUCUUUGAAGUACUCGUUCCAAACAAAAGACCGCCUAUGCUUCGUGAUGGAGUAUGUCAAUGGAGGAGAGCUGUUUUUCCAUUUGUCGAGAGAACGGGUGUUCUCGGAGGACCGCACGCGCUUCUACGGCGCCGAGAUCGUUUCCGCCCUCGACUACCUGCACUCUGCCAAGAUUGUGUACCGGGAUCUCAAGCUGGAGAAUUUGAUGCUUGAUAAAGAUGGUCACAUCAAAAUUACAGACUUUGGCCUCUGCAAAGAAGGAAUCACUGAUGCUGCUACCAUGAAGACCUUCUGUGGGACGCCAGAGUAUCUGGCACCGGAGGUGCUGGAAGACAAUGAUUACGGCCGUGCGGUGGACUGGUGGGGUCUCGGGGUGGUUAUGUAUGAGAUGAUGUGUGGUCGACUGCCUUUCUACAAUCAGGACCAUGAGAAGCUGUUUGAGCUUAUCCUGAUGGAGGACAUCAAGUUCCCCAGGACGCUCUCCGCUGAUGCCAAGUCCCUGCUGUCCGGCCUGCUCAUCAAAGAUCCCAACAAGAGACUUGGUGGAGGUCCGGAUGAUGCUAAGGAAAUUAUGCGGCAUAGUUUCUUUACUGGAAUUGACUGGCAGGAUGUCUAUGAUAAAAAGCUGAUACCUCCCUUCAAGCCUCAGGUGUCGUCAGAGACAGAUACCAGAUAUUUUGACGAAGAGUUCACAGCUCAAACCAUUACAAUAACCCCUCCUGAAAAAUUUGAUGAAGAUGGGAUGGACUGCAUGGACAACGAGCGACGGCCACACUUCCCCCAGUUCUCCUACUCGGCCAGCGGGAGAGAGUGAGCGCCACACAGCCGACACUGCCUCAUCUUCAUCAAGGUUACCACUGGAACAAAUGAGCUCUUCAGCUUCUAACAGCCGCAGCCCUAUUGAACAGCCAUGGUCCAUCUUGGUUCUUUCAUUUCUUUAGCUAGACCAAGGGAAACUUUUGAUUUAGGAUGAUGGGAAUUUGCACGUUGGGUCGGACCAAGGUCCAUUCGGCUCAAACGUCCUCACAGCUCCAGCCCAAAGGUUGGGUCAUGAUGGAAGAACUUGUGCUGUUUGUUAGAAGUUUUGUCUUCAUUGUGUUUCUCUCUUUGUUUUGAGAUGUUGCUUCACAUUCCUUACUAAUCGAGAACUAGUUUGAUCAGUUCAGUUCGUGUAACUGCAUGGCUAGAGAUUCACAUGGGUUUUACAAUUCUAUCUCUUGGGUACACGUAAUAUAAUUACACAAAAUCAAUACAGUAUCAGCUGCUUUCGUUGUUACUCUUUAUAGGGUUCACUAAGUCAAAACUGCCAUAAACGGUUUACUCAGGCUUCACAGAGGAUCUGUGUUCAACAGGACAAGCUUUACUCCUCAUCAUUCCACAAUUCAGUAUUCCUCCGUAUAAAGCCCUGUGAACCUGAGCUAUGCAGCGCAAUACUAUCACUAAAUUACAAAAGGUCACUUAGUUUGACUGUGUAGUGUGUAUUCAGCAAAGACUUUAUUUCUUACAUAUCAUUCCCAUAAGAAAAACGGCACGUUUGAAUGAUGUGGAAUUUUUAUGCCGCGAAACUGGGCUGUAAUUAGACUAAAUUCCCUUGUUUUAGGAUCAGAAAGCCUUUCCACUCAGCCCUCGAUGGUGCAGUCGCAGCGUAAUGAAAAAAGCCAGCAUUAAUGGAAAAAAGUGGCACUAUUUUGUUUUAUAAAAAAGAAGGACGAUUAAAAAAGGAAUAUAUAUUUAAGUAAAUAUAAUUUAUUUUUCUCUUUUUGUUUGUUUGUCCUUGCAUUAUUGGCAGCGCUUUCUAAGUCUCAUUUUUUAAAAAUGAACAAAUGCACCUAAAAGGCUUACGAAUGUAGAUGGGUCAACGUAAAGGCCUUCAUUUGUUUUUAUUUUCCCCCUCCAACAAGUGUAGUGUUGUCUUUUUUUAUUCCCUCCUAGAGGAGUUUUACGAUCCUCCUCAACAUUGUGAGCAGUCUGAGUGAUGUUAAAAUGUGUCGCUUGUCUUUCCACCAAUGAAAGGGCUGUAAAAGACCAUUGUGAUUUGUUCAGCUGUGCUCUUGUAGGGUGUUCAUUUAUGUGCGCAAGUGUGUAAAAGAGCAGGACACUCCACGUUGUGCUUUGCUUUAACUUUUAAUGAGCAUUAAAACAACGCAGCACAUUCCAAUUGUUGCUUUAAGGCAAGACUGUGAACAUUAAGAAGUUGUUUUAUCUCGAUGGACAUAUGAAGAAGGUUUUUUUUUAAACACUUUUGGUUUUAAAUUGUUUUGUGAGGGUGUGUUCACACUCAGGUUUCUUUCUUCUACUAUUAUUUAGUUCUGGUUUGUUUGGCAUAUGGCUGCAUAUCACCACUGGUGGGAGGCGUGCAUUGCCUUAGUGUCCCAUCAGUGAUGAUAUACAGCCAUAUCGCACUGCUACUCAUGUGAUAUUUCGUUUAUACAACAGUUGGACGACAUAAUUGUGUAUAUAAAAAAGAAAAGUCUUAAAAUCCUUUUACAUGAGGAACUACUCUCUUCCGCCAUUUGUUUACAUCUACAGCUGACAUCAGAACAACAGAAACCGUUGCUACUUCACCAACAUCACUUUAGAGCUAGUAUUUAUAAGGUUAUCUAGUAGGGGUGUCAAAAUGAAUUAUUUCUUCUGUGCACCGCGAUGCAGACGCGGACAAUUCAGUUCAGUAAUAAUCAUAACCGGUUAUUAUGUACUGACGUCAUUUAUCUUAUAUGAGCUAUGUCGCCGUAGCUUACUAUGGCGAGGGAGGCGAGCAUGAAUAUUUACAACACUCUAACUACUUAAAAACGCAGAAACUGUGCACAAUUUCAUUGCGUGUGUGUUUGCUGGAUCAGUCUUUCACUGACACUUACAGCAGAAGCCCCUAUUUCACUGCGAUUGAGAGAAUGAAAGUAAACUCCAUUUCUCUCUCUCUCACUGUGGCCUAUUUGACCGGCUGCAUGACUUUUCCUCUUCUCUCGGCUGUUACAUCGAUACUUCUGGAUACAGACACGAGCGUGAGAGUUUUCUCCACCGCGUCUAUCAUGAAUCAGCUGUGAUCGCCACUGCAGUGUUGCCAGAUGUAGCUGACUGAUUCCAGCCCAAAAACUAUCCAAAGCCCACCGAAAUGCCUAUCCAAAACUGCCCAAUCUGGCAACACUGCGCUGCUGUCGUUUAUCAGUGUCACUCACCGGUGAACAGCGCCUGAGAAGUAAAACAUAAAAGUGUGUAUGGAAAUCAUCAAUGCACCGUGAUGAACCGAGAUAUCGAACUGAACCGAAUCGAUGACAUGAUAAUCGUAACCGAACCGUGAGACCAGUGUAGGUUCACACCUCUAUUAUCUAGUGUAAUGUAAAAAGUGAUGACAAAACAGGUGAUUAUGCUGACAUUUUAACAUUAUGAGGCUGAACGGCAUUAAUUACCAUCAGUCUAGAGACAUUUCCCAGUUGCAAUCGGGAGAUCACAAUAAUUAACCCCGAAAAAGCCAAAGCAGCACCAACACUAGCAGAUUACAAUGGUAUAAAUACAGCACUACAACAUAAAAAACAAGAGCGAUCGACUUAGAAAGUCACUUACCAGUUUUAUAAUGAUUUAAUCAGCUGUAGUUUGAAAUUACGAUGAGUUUUUCUCCUAUAAGGGUCUCUGUCACCCUCUUAUGGCGGAACGUCAACCAUCUUUGCUUUGCUCAGUAUGACAGGCUGAUGAAUGCUGACGCACUGUCUCUUUGAAAUUAUAAAUAUUUGAAAUAUUUAUCCUAUCCCACUAUCUUUAUGAAUAAACUCUAUAGUUGGAAUCUAAACAGCUACAUUCUCACCUCAAAAGUACAUUAUAUUGUCCAACAGCUGCAAUAUUUGUCAAACUGCAGUGAGUGCAUUGAUCUGCUGUCCCUCUAUGUGGGCGGAGUAAUACAGAAGGGUGAGGAGGCUGUACGAGUGCUGCUAUUGCAGAAUAUUGCACCGCUAUCAGACUGUAAAAUAUAUGGACGUAGUAUGCGUGACAUCACCCAUAGGUUUCUGAAACCAUCGCCAUUUUGUUCACGCGUCAUCGCACCAACCGGGGGAUACCAAACAAGGGCAAAGAGGCGGAGCUACAGACGCGUGCUAGCACUUUGCAUAGAUGGGCUUUUCUUCAUGGGAAACGCUUAAUACUUAUUUACCUGCGACUCGUUUGUGUUCAGACCACAUAAGCUUGGUUGUAUAUUAUAUCAAUAAAGUGAUUAGUUUUUUAAAACACUGUUGUAAUACAUUGAGCUACUAAGCAUUGUUUUUCUACAGGAGGAAAACGCAAACUACUUUCAAACACUUCAAAUAUAGUCUGUGUUAGUAAACACAAAGAUAUUGAUCAAAUCCAGGCAUAAAACUGUAUGACAACGCUUCAGAUGACUGUUCUACAGGCUACAGCUAAUCAAUCUGUCACAUUCUGGAGUGCAUUCAAGUUCUAAAGAAAAAUAUAAAUGAUCUUAAAUAAAACAAAUACAUUUAUAGAGAUGCUAUAUAAGUAUAUAAUUUCACUGACUUGGGAAAUGGAGUUCACAUGAGUGGUUUGUGAGCACAAUUAAGUUCACACAGCAUGCCAUAUCAUCUGAUAAUUGUAGGAAAUGAUUCCAAAAAGCAACUGACUGUGUAAAGCCACACAAAAAAACAAAAAUACGCUCUAUAUGCCGAGUUCAGCAGCUAAUCAACCGGAAUCAGCUGAUGUGAGGUGACGGCGAGACCUAGCUGUCACUCAACCUUAAUUAUGCAGACUUAAUAUAAACGAAACGGAUGAAUUAUAAAAUAUUUACCCCCUCACAGUUGUCAUGAAAGGUAAUAUUAGCUAUAACUAAAAUGGUUCUUUGUACCAGGCUGUAAACACCAAUUUUUCUGCUGUAAAGUUGGCCUUUUAACAGUGACCUCAAUAGAAAUGUGCUAUAUUAUGGUGCCAAGACUAGCGGAAUUUCGAUGAAUUGCAGUUUCAGUUACUUCAGUUAUUCGCUUCACGAGGGAGAGCAGGAGUUUGCCUCUUGCUAUCAGCUAAUCAGAUUCAAGAACCAGA